AUGAAACAAUCUGUCGACAAGAUUUUCUUUGUUGGUUUUCUUUUGAACAUAUUCUUCAAGAAUAGAUUCUUGAGAAAUCUCUCUUGGAAGAUUUUUGGAGUUGACGUUCAUCGUGAAAAAUUCCUUAAUAAGGUUAAAGAAAUUAUUGCUUUGAGAACUAGAGAAAUUGAGAAUGGAUCUGAAACGCAAUCCAAUGAUGUCCUAUCACUCAUGAUUAGAGAAAACUUCAUUAAUAAUCAAUUAACUGAAGGAGAAAUCUAUUCUAAUUCAUUGGUGCUUUUUAUUGCUGGAACUGAUACUAGUUCCAAUACACUUUCUUGGUUUUUUUAUGAAGUUGGUAGAAGACCAGAUAUUCAAAAACGUAUCAGAGAAGAAAUUGAUAGAAUUCUUCCAAAUGGAAAAGCUCCAACCUUAGAAGAUUACAAUUCCUUAAUAUAUUUGAAUGCCUGUAUUAUGGAAACUUUGAGAUGUCAUCCACCAGUUGGUUCUGUAUUCAAGGAAGCUUCCAAAUCUACUCAUCUUGGUCCAAUUCUCAUUCCAAAAGAUUCCAUUGUCCAUUCAUUCAUCGCCUAUUCCAAUAAGAAUAACCAAAUUUGGAACAAUGCCAAUAUUUUCGAUCCAGAACGUUUCAUGGAUGAAGAAUACUUGAAGAAAACAAACUCUGAUUAUUCCAUGCUUCCUUUCUCCAUGGGAAUAAGAAAAUGUAUCGGAUACAAGUUCUCUCUUGUUGAAACUUGUUGUGUCUUGGCGAGAAUGUUGCAAAGUUAUGAAAUUGAAUUGUUGAAUGAUGAAGUCAAUGAUCCAGUUGGUUAUGUUGGACAAAUUACUUUCAGACCUGGUAAUUUAAAGAUUAGAAUGACAAAGAGAGUUCAAUAA